UAACCUGACACCUUACGUCACACAUAACAAAGAUGGCGGCGCCCUCUAAGCUACAGCUCGCUAGUGUGUCGGGAAAUACGCUGUGAAACGCGAGUUGUUGUAACGUUUACACGACGUUAACUGUUUUAAUUCAAUGUUGAAAUAGGUGUUGGAGGAUUAAAGCUAUUUGUCGUGGUUAAAAUGGGUCUGGAGCGGCUGCUCUGCGGGACGGUGGGGUGUUACUCCAGACAGUUUCGACUCUUUAACAUUCAGCAACGAGUCUUUCAGUGUAACGUUAUGUCGAUGUCCACACAGGCAUCACCGAGCACUUCCAACAUGGUUAACCGGGUUACAUAUAUAGCAGGUCUGUGCAGCAAGAUAUUCCUCCACACAGGCCGCCUCGGAGCGGCUCACAGGCAGCUGGCUGCCCGCCGCAGCCUCUGCACCUCCGCUCAGCCCUCCAGAGACGUCACCCUCUUCCAGCACGACAGGACCCGCUUCUUCCGGCUCCUCACGGUCUUCUGCGGCGGACAGGUGCUCUUCUGGACAUACAUGGGCCACUUCGCUUACACCGGACUCAGAGACACAGGGGGCGCCACAGAGAAGGGGACAGCCAAGACGUCCACCACCACCGGGCUGGCUGGGAUGUGGAGUUUUGAGAUGAACCUGGGCUCAAACACCUGGAGGUACAGCUUCACGCUGGGGUGUCUGGCCAUCGGUGCGGGGAUUGUCGGACUCGGGGUCCUGUUUUGCCGGCGCUCUGUCAGCCAGGUGGUUUUACAUCAAGGUGGGAGGAUGGUGACAAUUUCCACUCAGUCACCUUUGGGUCCAGACCGAGGCCGGAGCAUAACAGUCCCACUGUCCCAGGUAGCCUGUCAUGCUCACAGACAUGAGUCCCCCUCAUUCAUCCCUCUCAAGGUCAAAGGACAUAAGUUCUACUUUCUCCUGGACAAAGAGGGGACUGUGAACAACGCCAGGCUCUUUGAUAUCACUGUUGGGGCUUAUCGGCCAGUUUAAGUUGUGUUUAUUACACUUUUGUGUAAUAAAAACUGUGUUGGACAAUAAACACCAAAGAACAGGUCCACAGAUGUGAUUUUACACGGCUGCCAAACAAAUAUGCCUGUUUCUCUUUGAUUGCCUCUCUUCAAUGAAAUAAAAUCUAUGAGAUCAAA